AUGGGUCUUCGUAACUGGAUUACGCGGCCAAUUAAAGGCCACCAUAUCGGUGUAGAGGAUCUGACAGCAGGCGGGAGCGGCAUUCCUGAGAUAAGGCGUCGGCGAUGGACGCUCGCAACAAUUGAUUCAGCACCCUUCCAGGUCUGGGUAGUAGUAGUCGCUGGCAUCGGCUUCCUAACAGAUGCAUUCGGCCUUUUUGCCUUGAAUGUCGUCACCCCUAUGUUGGGAUAUGUCUACUGGCCUAAUCACGAAGAAGCCGGUAUACCCUCGGUACCGUCCUCUGUCAAGACGGCCAUGAUGUGUUCAACACUUGCGGGCACAAUGGUCGGCCAGAUAGGAUUCGGCUUCGCAGCAGAUGUUCUGGGCCGACGUAAGAUGUAUGGGCUCGAGUUGGUGAUCAUUAUCGUUGGUACGAUGUUACUACUGAUGAGUUCGAACGGGGAAAAGAAUAGUAUGGCGAUUGGAGGAUGGCUAAUCACCUGGCGCGCGAUCAUGGGCAUCGGUAUUGGGGCUGACUACCCUUUGAGUGCUGUCAUCACUGCGGAGUUCGCACCUCGCAAACAUCGUGCGCGAAUGCUGAGCUGGGUUUUCUUCGCUCAACCUGUUGGACAACUGCUCGCCAAUGUUCUGUCGCUUGCUGCAGUGGAGGCGUACAAGCCCUGGGUUGAGAAGAAUGCACAGUCUUGUCGACCUGACGAUCUGGAGUGUUUCCGAGCUAUCGAUCGACUCUGGAGGCUUGUAGUCGGGAUCGGCAUCGUGCCGGCUCUCAUUGCUCUCGUCUUUCGAUUUACAAUCCCAGAGAGCCCAAGAUAUACAUUGGACAUCUUACAAAACACGAAAGGUACCCUCGAGGACACUGCGAACUUUUUUGGCGCGCCCGAAACGAAUCCCGAACAUGGGGAAGUCGAGUUGCUGAAUGUGCCCGCCACACCGCAAAUUCGAAGGCCUGUUUCGAGGCACUCGACGAACUCUUCGGUGAUUGCGCCCGACGAGGAGAUCGAGAGCGAUAGUGAAUCUGAGCACCGACUCAGUAACGUGCAUCUUCGCCCCACCGCAGCACCGCAGGCUCAGCUUCCUCCGGGAGACCCAGAGUUCGCUCCUCCGCUCGCCUCGUGGAUCGAUGCAAAACAAUUCUUCAUAGUCGAGAAGAAUUGGCAGUACCUUCUAGGAACAUCAUUGGCCUGGCUGUUUCUCGAUUUCGCAUUCUACGGGCUAGGCCUAUCCUCACCAGAGAUCGUCAGCCACAUCUGGCAGGGUGAUGUCAAAAGCGAGUUAUCAGUGUACCAGACACUGAGUGAUAACAGCAAACAUACCCUAGUAAUGGUCUCCAUAGGGACAGUUGUCGGUGGUCUGCUGAUGGUCAAGAUCGUCAAGUAUGUGUCGCCGAAAGUGAUCCAAUUCUGGGGUUUCCUGGUUCUAUUCGUACUCUUCAUCGUAACCGGGAGUGCCUGGACAAACUUGCUCGACAGCAGUCGAUCAGGACUGAUCGUACUGUAUGUGAUCAGUCACAUCGCGUUCAAUCUUGGACCGAAUGUGACGACAUUCAUAAUACCUGCUGAGAUCUUCCCCACAAGAUACCGGUGUACCUGCCAUGGGAUAGCUGCUGCUAGCGGCAAACUCGGCUCUUGGGUGGUGCAGAUCUUCCUGGCAUAUGCAUUUCAAUCCGACAAGUCCAAGCCCCAGGAUGACUUCGAAUGGGAACGCCAGAAUUUCGGGCAUAUCCUGCAAGUCAUGAGCGCUUUCAUGGUAGCAGGAGCCGUGACCACGUAUUUCUUGGUCCCAGAGACGAGGGAUCACGAUAAUAAGAGUCGAACACUAGAGGUUUUGGCGUGCGGCAAGAAGGUCAUCGACGAGCUGAACCGUCAGCGAAGGAAGGAAGAUGAAGAGGACUGA